UCCGUAAUCUUGGAGUCCUAUGAUACCUUCCUCUGCUUUGCUUGCUGACCAUCAGCUUGCAUACUUAAUGCAGGCAACCAUUUGUUCAUCGUCAUCAGGGAAGGCGUGAAACAGUAAGUUCUCUUACCUGUGGUGAGUUUGUCUGCGCUCCGUUACAGUUUUCUUUCAUUAUUACUGGUUCUAAAUAUGGUUGCAAUUCUUGGAUACCUUUUUGCCUUGAAAAAGAAAAGGUAAUUGCAUACAUGAGAUGGCUUCUAUUCUGGGUCAAGGUAUCAAAACAAAGCUGAGAAAUUGGAAUUCCAAACUUCCAGCUCCUGCUUGCUUUUGUAUUAUGUUUUUUAAGUAGAAGUCUUCCUUUUCAUUAUUUAUAUAGUAGAUUAUGUUCAUAACUAUAGUCUUGAAGCUCUGCAUCACAUCACUGAUGGGAAACCGGAGUUCUUUGCGAAAACAUGGUAAUGUUUCUAUCUCCCUUUGCCAUCCUUCCUUCUUAUGUUACUCAUAAGUCACAAAGGUUCCUUCAUUUCGAACUAGUUCUGAAAGAGUUGCUUCAGACUGACAACUCUGAGAGUAACUGCAAAUAUAUAUUUCCCUUAAACUGGAUGUUUUCUUUCUCAGAUAUGCUUGGAAUUGAAUCAGUAUUGGUAGACAUCUUUGUACUUUCAUUUAAGGAUAAAAUUCUUAAUUUUGAAGAAUUCUGUGAGGCUUUUCUUGAUAUCUGUAGCAAGCUUAACUCGAUCAUGCCCGGUAGGCAUUUUUGUGUGCCUCUUCAAGAAGUUAAACUUUGUUAUGAGGAAUGGAAAGAUUCCAAUUCAGGAUUGGAUGAAGAGGAGAAGAAAAAUUUGAUCAUAAGGCUCCUUAAUGAACACGCAGUUAUUAAUCAUACAAAUGAUUCUGUCUUGAUGACUGGACUUAUUACGCCACCGGUUGCUAUGAUCUUCAAGCGUCUGGUUCCCGACUUCAUCUUCGUGCCAGCUGUUACAGUUAUUGCAGUUAUUGUGGCCAAAAUGAUACAGAACAUCAAGCAAAAUGAUAAUGUGGCAUAUGAGUUUCAGAGCUCUUCUCCUCAAAAACACUAGAGAAGUUCGUAUUAUUCGUGAGCCAAAUUGUUCAUGCAUAUUUAUUUUUCCUAUAAUUUCUCACAGCUCAAGUUCUUAUUUAGAAACAUCAAAUCAAUUGUUCAUAUGCUGUAUGAGUUUUUGGAUAAUAUGAGGCACAAUAUGAUUUACAGUUUGAGUGGCUUUCUUUCUUUGUAUGAAGUUUGGAAAAACAUCAGGAAUGUCAAUUCAAUGAAGCAUCAUAUGUGAAUGUAUAUACAUUAGCACUCACUUGUAUUCAAAC